AGGACCUGGCAUGCAGAGUCACAGUGUUCUGAGCUACCGUACACAGAUUGGGUUGUUUUUGUUCCUGGCACUUUGGAAGAAAGUACUGGACAAGUAACAACAAGGUUCCUGAUUGCAGAGCGGGUGUUUUGAAACUGCAAAAACCUCAGAAGAAAACUGGAGGCUGACACAGAUCAGGGUGAUUCCUCAACUGUUCACUCUUCUGGAAGAAGAACUGCUUCUGGGGGGUAGGGAUGAUGACAGGGGCAAAAAAGAAAAGAAGUGCAGUCUGGAGGAAGAUCCAGGCUGUUCGCCUUGAAGAUAUCAAACUCUGGUGCAUGAGAAGGCUGCCCAUCUUGACAUGGGUGCCUGUCUACAACUGGAAGGAAAACUUAAUUCCUGAUACAGUUUCUGGGAUGAUGCUAGCCAUCCAACAGGUGACUCAAGGGCUGGCCUUUGCGGUUCUGUCUUCAGUCCAUCCAGUUUUUGGUUUAUAUGGCUCUUUCUUUCCUGUCAUUAUUUAUGCCAUAUUUGGAAUGGGACAUCAUGUUGCGACAGGAACUUUUGCUUUAACUUCCUUAAUAUCUGCCAACGCAGUUGAGCGUCUUGUUCCUUCAGUCAGCAUUAAUUUCACUACAAACAACAAUUCAGGACCCUUGGGCCUAUCGGAGUUCGAAAUGCAGAGGAUUGGAGUUGCAGCAGCAGUUUCAUUUCUAGGAGGAAUCAUUCAGGUCGUGAUGUUUAUGCUGCAGUUGGGCAGUGCCACUUUCCUGUUAACAGAACCAGUGAUAAGCGCGAUGACAACAGGAGCAGCUACACACGUCGUGACUUCACAAGUGAAGUAUCUGCUGGGAAUGAAAAUGCCAUAUAUAUCAGGACCACUGGGAUUUUUUCAUAUUUAUGCCUACAUAUUUGAGAAUAUCAGAUCGGUUCAGCUGGAGGCUUUGCUUCUUUCCUUGCUGAGCAUUGUGGUGCUCGUUCUUGUUAAAGAACUGAAUGAGAAAUUUCAGAGAAAUAUUAAAGUUGUUCUUCCCAUCGAUCUAGUUUUGAUAAUUGCUACAUCCGUUGCCUGCUACUAUGCCGAUAUGGAAUACGUCUAUGGGCUAGAAGUUGUGGGACAUAUUCCUGAAGGGUUACCAUCACCAAAAACACCACCCAUGAAUAUCCUACCUGAAGUAGUCACCGAAGCUUUUGGAGUAGCAUUGGUUGGUUAUGUAGCAUCACUAGCUCUUGCCAAAGCCUCUGCUAAAAAGCUUAAAUAUACUGUGGAUGAUAACCAGGAAUUUUUGGCUCAUGGUCUCAGCAACGUGAUUCCUUCAUUUUUCUUUUGCAUACCAAGUGCUGCAGCGAUGGGACGGACGGCACUAUUAUACAGUACGGGUGCCAAAACACAGGUGGCUUGCCUUAUCUCUUGUGCAUUAAUUCUUGUGGUGAUCUAUGCAAUUGGACCUAUGCUGUACUGGCUGCCUAUGUGUGUGCUAGCAAGCAUUAUCGUCGUGGGUCUGAAGGGGAUGCUAAUGCAGUUUCGUGACUUAAAAAAGUAUUGGAAUAUGGAUAAAAUAGACUGGAGCAUAUGGAUUAGUACCUACGUGUUUACAAUAUGCUUUGCUGCUAACGUGGGACUGUUGUAUGGUGUUGUCUGCACUAUAGUAAUUGUGAUUUUCCGCUUUCCCAGAGCAAAGACACUGAAUUUGAAAAAUGUGAAAGAAGUGGAAUAUAAAUACAAACCAGAAGAUAAUUGUGAAUCACUGAAACAGGUAAAGAUAAUUUCAGUCAACAACCCAUUAGUCUUUCUGAAUGCCAAGAAAUUUCACGCUGACCUGAUAAAGAUAAUCCAGAAGGAUAGCACAAGCAGCCAGGCAUGUGAAGAUGUAAACAAGUGCGAGCAGAACACAUUGCUGUGUUCAUUUCCUAAUGGAAAUUGUCAUGGGGAGUCGUUGCAGCCAUGUCACAGUGAGCGGCGUGUUCUGAUAUUAGACUGCAGUGGGCUGAAUUUCUUUGACUACACCGGAGUCUCAGUGCUGCUUCAGAUUUACAUGGACUGUAAAAACAGGCACAUCGAUGUGUUGCUAGCACACUGCAAAGCUUCCUUGGUAAAAGCAAUGCAGUACGGUGGAAAUCUUGAAUCUGAAAAUCCCGUCUUCUUUGAAUCUAUUUCUUCAGCAAUUGAUGCCAUUCGAAUUCACAGGAAUUACAACAAGUUCAGUGAGCAGAGUGAAGUGUGAUGUCGACCCAUUGAAUAUGACGAGUUUGAUCUGCUCAUGUUCAGAAUGAACUACACCACAGUUUCUCCUUAGCUUUUUUCUCCAGAGGAUCUCAUAGAUGAUCUUUUAUAUGCCAGAUAUAUAUUUAUAACAUUCAAUAAUGACAGAUCUGCCACUCAGCACAAAAAUCUUUCAGCUGCGAUCACUCAAAGAAUGUUCAUGCAAUUGUUCUAAAGUGGUUCUAUAUAAUAUUUUUAUAUACAUUUAGGUACAAAUUAUUAGGAAGCAGACAUGAGGUACUGACUGUGUUUACCAUUCUUUGGUAACUGUGUUUACUAUUCUUUUAGAUAUCUUCUCUUGUAACAUUAGUUGUAAUACACAUCUGUAGUUUUGUGCAUGGAAUAGUGAGACAUUAUGGAUUCUUAAAAACAGUGUGUUAUAAUUGAUACAGUAUAUUCUGCAAGCCGUAUACCAGUGCAUACUGCUUUUAAUGGCUUUACUUAUCUUUUUUUUCUGUUCAAGAUAGUCAUUUGCAAUAACAGCAUCAUAUCAGAGCUAUCAUAUUCUUCCAUCUUUCAUACUUUGUUUUGUAUGCUUUUUAAUGCCUGCCAAGGUCAGUGAGAGCACCGUAUAUUCAGAGAAGGCAGAUGUACGUUGGCUAAGUGCACUGGGUUGUCUCUCCCUCUAGGAGUUGUCAUGAGUUACUGUUAUGGUUUGCUACAUUUUCCAAUCCACAGGUACCCUUUAAGCUCAGACCGAAGAGGAACAACAAUAUGGUAAUAUUUUUCCAAAGCUUGUUCUUGUUUCCACUAUAGUGGAGUCUGCAUUUCCAGUUUGAGCUGUGAUUGAUUUGGUGUUGAAAUCUUCCUCUGUGGCAGCUGGGUGAUGACAGUGGAGAGCCACAUUUGAGCCCCAAUUCGGGUGUGCAGUACCGUGUGCGAGCACACAAUGGGGCAGAGGAAUUGAUGGGUUGAGUAUUUGACUUGGAAUUAGAUAUUGCCAUCAAUCGUGUCAGAUUAUGCUGUCAUAUCAGUACCAAAUUAUGUGGCAACACGUAUUGACUUUUUUCGUCUACCUUUGUGGCCGUAUGUGAACGCUACCAGCAACAGGUAAGAGUUGAACAAAGACCAAUCAAAACAUUAGAAAGCACAAGGAGUAGGAUUUUUCCUUACUGACUUAAAUCAACUAUAGAAGCUAAAAGGUAGAUGAAUAUGGCACAGCCGUAACGGCCAUUUGAGCAGUAGAGAGAGAAGUAUAAGGCUGCCUUGUGCAGCUGGAGCGUACAGGCAAAAUCUAAUGCCAAGCAUCCUGCUUUCAGCAGCAGUUACAUAUGUAUGUUUGCCUGGACUCUCCUUGUCUCUCUGCCCAAAGCAGCUGCCUGGAGCAGAUGAGAUGGCUCAUGGAGUGAUUUUUAUGUCUCUGCAUACUUGUGUUAAGACGUUGAUAGGCUUUUCUUCUGGUCUUGGUCAUUUCACACUACUAGAAACAACGGGAGAGAGUCAUGGGGGAUUUUUACCCUUUCAGCUAUGGGUGACACCUGGAGUUAUUCCCCACUUUGUCCUACAGAUGACCAGAAGUGUCCUGUACAUGUUCUGCUGAGACUGCUUUCGUAAAUGCUUUGUAAAAGGUUGAUUAGUAACUGUGAGAAGCUUGUCAUACAAGGGAGAAAUAAGUUCUGUACAUUGUCCCAAACGCAUUCAUUUCAGACAGUGUAGUUGACUGCAGAUUACUCAUUCCAUCCUCGGACUCAGUAACAGGCUAUAGCAUUUGAUUAAUAAAUUCUUCAAACAGUUUUAGUAAUUUAUUAACACUUUAGAAACUAUUUACAUUGUACUUAAAUUGUGGAAGCAUCAAUUUUAUGUCACAGCUGGAUGGAGAUCUCUAGUUAACUGCAAACUGAAUAAAUGGUAUCUUUUCUACUAAGUUCAGUAUUUAUUCUUCAGCGGCUGAAUGUUUUUUCUGAACGUUUGCAGAUAAGAUGAUUAAUGAAAUUGUUAAAAAUAGGGUCUUCAGCAAAGAUAGCAUCUACCAGGAGACUUUCAGUUUUGUUCUGAAUGAUCUUGUAAAUGGAGCAGCACAGAUGCUUUUUAGAUUCUUUGUGAUGUUAGCCCUUGAUGAAAUCCUCUGCAUCGAAUUACCAAUUUUGUAGUGCUAAUCAAAAUGGCUUCCACUUUCCAUUGCUUUCAAUAAGAAUAACUUUUCCACAGAUAAAUGGCUGUUUUGAGAUGGACAUUUAUGUACCAUUAUCUCAAAGACCUUCAGUGCCAUUUAAAAAAGUGUCAAUUUAAAAAUUCAAAAUGUCUUAAUGCUUUGAUUACUGCUUGAUUGUCUCUCAGGGCAGAAUCAUGGACGAAAUACUUUUCUUCCCUUAAAACAUUUAAUCAUAAAUCUAAAUUUCCUAACCUGCCAACACUUGGCUUUGGGAUACUUGUAAUAUACCUGUAAUGUAUUUUACCUUAUAUUAUUAGGCUAAAUUUCUUUCUAUUUUGGAGAAUAUACACUGUUCAUUACCAUUGGCCUAGGAGGGCACAUUACUUCACUGCUGAUGCAGUUGUUUUUCUCCACCACCACUUCUCUGAGCUAUUGACAUUUACUAAAACUGGUGAUUGCUUGUUGCCUGUCUUCAAGUGACCGGAAUGACAUGCCAUCAGGUCUUGUGUCCUAGUGACUGACUGCCAGGAGAUCACUGGUCACUCUGCUGGUGGGCUGGCCAUUGCUUAGGGUCUUGCCUGAGUUGCUCUCUGCAAAUCACUUGUGGUGGUGUGUUAGCUUCAGCUGCGGAGUCAACUGAUGUACAGCUGCUCAAUUCUCUGUUGAAAACAUAAGGAAAGACCCUAAACCUUCUAGAUUAAGUUUUGGAGUUUGCUAUAAAUUUCAACUCUUUGCUCAAUGGUUCUUCGUAUAGACUGUCCCCUGGCAUCCCUCUGGCUCUGAGGAAGAAUUACUAUGAAAAUAUAUAGGAACUUAAUCCAAACCAUCCCAACUAGCCUCACCAGAAUAGAAUAGAAUAGAAUAGUUCAAAGGGACCUAUAAUGAUCAUCUAGCCCAACUACCAUUAUUAUAAAAUAAUAGAACAGAAUAGAAUAAACCAUAUUUAUUCUUCCGAAGGGCAAAGUGAGCCAAACUCACCCUGUAGCAAAGAGGCUGCACAAAGUCUGUGCCUCCUCACAGCAGUGCAAGCCCUGGUCUCACGGGCCAUGCGGAGGUGAAUUGCAGCCAGCAAGAUUAAGGGUUUGAGUUAUUGUGCCCUCCUGGGGCAGCCAUUCAUCUUCGUGCCUUCCAGCUUUAUUUACCUGAACAUCCCUAGGGAUUUUUCAGAGCAACGUGAACUUUUAUUAAUUAACUGGGCUUGCAGCGAUAAGCUUGUGCAGUGUUAGCAAUGGGGGCAGAGUCCUGUGAAGUGCUGAGUUCCCUCCCUCCCUAUCCAUGUCUAAAGGUGUGAGAGAGACACCACACACCAGCUGAGGCUCAAGGAAGUGUCACAUUUACUACUUUCAACCUGUGAAACCAACUAAGAGUUUACUACUGUUAGUCAGCAAUUCUGAAAAUCUAACCAUCCACUUUGAUUCCUAUAUGGAUGCUCAGAUGCUCAGAUUUUACAUUCCUGAAUUCCAAAUGCAUGAAACAUAGAAUCCUAGAAUCCUAGAAUAGUUAGAGUUGGAAGGGAACUUAUAGACCAUCAAGUUCCAACCCCCCUGCCCUGGGCAGGGACACCUCCCACCAGACCAGGUUGCUCCAAGCCCCAUCCAGCC